UGGUGUAAUCCUGCGGGAAAUCGUUAGAGGGCAGUGCCGUAAUUGCACACGGUUGACGUAAAUAUCCCAAAACAUACGUCUAUUUGUUUAUAUAGGUCAGUGUAUCGUUUCUUUUUUCCUCUUAAUAUCAAUUACUGAUCUAGAAAAUACGAGUAAAAUCAAUGCAGGGUCCUUAUUUGUGGCUUUAAUCUCCGACUGAAGACAUGACGAAACACGACAAACUAUGGAGAAUAGAUUCAGUGUUUUGAUCGACAACGGGGACUUCUCGCGAUUUUCUACGACAGACAACAAUCUCCAUUUCGAAAGAACUAAAACCCUUUUCGAGGAGAUACGUGCCUCCAUAAACAACAAUGAAGAACAGGACCGCUCUUUCUGGAGGCCUGUGCUCCCGUGGGGCGGCGUCUUCACCAUCAGGGCAGGACGGAAGGCCGUGUCCUGCAUCCCCCUGUGCGUGGAAAUCCAGCUGAAGAACACGUGCACCAUCGACGGCUUCCUCAUGAUCCUAUAUGUGAUUCUCCGGGACAACCGGGGUUUCCACAGGGAGCUGGCUGUUUUUCUCGGCAAGCAGUUCAUUGAACGUUUUCUGUACUUGAUGGACUCCUGUGACUACACCACAGUGAAGAUGCUGUGGAUCUGGAACAGGAUGUCCAAGAGACAGUAUCGCUCAGAGAUCCACCAGACGGCACUGGAGAUCGACCUGUUUGGGAAUGAGCACCAGAACUUCACAGAGAACCUGGAGAACCUCAUGUCCACCAUGCAGCAGAGCCUGUGCACCAACUGGAGCUGUCCAACUCGCUUUCAAAACAUCACCAAAACUACCAUCAACAUCAGCCCUCCUCACGAGCUCCCACACAGAGAUCCCAUUCAGUCCGCUGUGGAUGAGUUCUUCAGCCCCAAGCUCCUCCUCUGCACUGAAAAAGGGUGUGAUGGCUUAAGGGAGUUUUCUCACAGGGUAUUCUGCCAUGGUCCUCCACCCUUUGUUAUUCUCAACAUGCAGCAGUGGAGGUCAGAGGAUCUGUCGUAUGUUCCAUACCACCUGGUUCUUUGUCAGCACAGGUACCUGCUAGAGGGCGCCACACUCUUCAACAAAGAGGAGCAUCACUACUCUGCAGCCUUUCAGAUAGAUGGUUGCUGGAUGCACUACGACGGUCUGAGAAGUGACAAUCUAAUCCUGCUACACAGGCCGCCUGAGCUACUGCUGCUGUCCUCUCUGGUCUACGUUCGCGCCUCGCAGAAAUGAAAACCUUCCAGUCCCAGGAUAGAUGAGCUAAAUCCUCAUCAAGCUCAAGGGUGUAUCACCUUCUUCUGGGACUUCUCUGGCUUAAAUCUUGGUAAUACAAUUCUUUAACAGCGAUGUCCCCCCAUUUUUAUUGUGAGUUUUCACAAACCUUAGUGAUUCCUGUUUCAGUUGCAAAACAGAUGGACUGCACUGCAUGGAAGUUAGUUUCCUUCUUGGACUGUAAUCCGAGAACAUAAUGGACUAUAAUAGUUCUAUAGAUUAUGUCUGUUAAAAGUAUUUUGAUAUUCCUUCAAAGCAGCUACCAGAAAAGACUUUGAUCUGCUUUGAUCAAUAGAGAACAUUUUCAAAGUUCCUUUGGGAAUUUACUUCACCGCAUCAAGAAGUGCAAAAAAAAAAACAUCCUCUCUUAUACAUACACAUAUAUACAGUGGUGCUUUUUCUAUUUACUCUGCUUUAUGGAUUAAAAAAAUCCCUAACCGUUUAGCUAACACCUACUUAGAUGAUGAAAUUAUUUUGAGCCUUUUGUGUAAAAUUCCUAAAAUCUAGAAAUGUUUCAAUUUUGUCUCAAACUAAAGGUUGAUGUCUGAUUCUAAAGAUGAAGCAUGCUGCAUCUAUGUGAAUGGAAGUUCUAGAUCAACAGACUCUCUGCUAUUUUAUAAAAUGUAUUUGACCUCGAUCACCAAAUAGUGCCUGUGGCAUAGAAAGCUUGGAUGUAUUUUGCUGUUAAGUCUGAAUCAGAACUAUUUUUGUCCCCAGUUUUUCUCUUAAAAUGCAAAUAAAUAAUUUGACAUAUACAGUU